CGCCGCCCCUUCUGUGCGACUCCUAAUUCGAAGUUCGCGGUAGUUCCUUGCGCAGGCGCAGUGGCUUUACCAUGGCGGAGUUGAUUUCUUUCGCGGUUCCCACCCAGAGUGACAAAGUUUUGUUGGUGUGGGAGCUGAGCGCCGGUCCCCCAGCUGAGGCCUUAAGUCAUUCUCUGUCCGCAGUGUUCUCCCAGUUUGGCCUAUUGUAUUCAGUCCGAGUCUUCCCGAACGCUGCAGUGGCUCGCCCUGGUUUCUAUGCUAUCAUCAAGUUUUACUCAUCGAGGGACGCGCAGAAAGCCCAAAAGGCAUGUGACGGGAAGCCUCUUUUUCAGACUUCGCCCGUGAAGGUUCGUCUCAGCACCAGACAGAAAGCACUACGGCACCAGACCUUUGCCCUAAACAGCUCACGGUGCCAAGAACUGGCAAAUUACUACUUUGGCUUCAAUGGAUGGUCCAAAAGGAUCAUCAGGCUGCAGGAGCUCUCUGGACCGGAGGACGGGGCUCUCACGGGGCCUGUGCAGAAGCGGAGCUUCAAGUUCUUGUGUGCUGUAGAGGUGGUUCUGCCGCGCUACGGGUGCAAGAGCCCUGGAGUUGGCAUCACUGAGGAGCCUCUGCACCAGCCAGAGGAGGAAGGACAGUCCUCGUUUCUGAUGAAGAGGAAGACCGCGCAGAAGCUCGCGAUCCAGAGCGCUUUGGCAGAUGCCUUCCAGAAGCUGGCCAUCGUGGUUCUGGCCUCUAGAGACCGCAAGCACUCAUUGGUGCAACUGUGUUUGAUGCUGAAGUUUGAGAACAAGAACAACCCUGAACUGAGCCGCUCACUUUCAGAAAGUGGCAAGGUCGCGGUGGAAUACAGACCCAGCGAAGAGUCCAUGGAUGCCGAAAGUGAAGAAGACCUGCAGAGUUUAAUCCAGGUCAACUGCCUUCAGCCUGGCCAAAGGGAGGAAGAAUGUCUCUCGGAUUUUAGCUUGGAAGAAGAGGAACUGAGUCUGUAAGAACUGCACCAGCUCUUCUGCCAGUCACAGGCCCUGCCGUCUGACUUUCAUGGGAAGUAUGGCUGACCAGUGGGCUGCUGACAUCCCCGAACACCCCAGAGUGAGGCCCCGAUCUGCCCGGCGCCUUGGAAGAGGCCUAGGGGAGGCUAGAGCCCUGUCAUAAUGGUGGGAAAGAUUUCCUGUGCAGAAUGGGACUGGGCCGCAGCACAACAAAGGCUGCCUGUCUCUUGGGUCCACUACUCCCUCAUCAGUGUCAGUGUAAACAGGAGUUUACAACCAUUUGUUUUUAUUCCAGAAUACCAGUUUCUUUGGGGAGCUAUACCGUGUGUGCUGGUUUGAAAGAAAAUGGCCCUCAAAAGGAGCGAUGCUGUUAGGAGGUGUGGCCUUAUUGGAGUAGGCAUGGAGUAGGAAGUGGGUCACUGUGGGGGCGGGGCUGAGGUCUUCUCAAGUGUCACUCAAUGUGAUAAUCAACUUCCUGCUGCCUCCUGGUCAAGAUGUGUUAUUCUCAGCUCCAGCACCACGUCUGCCCGCACGCUGCCGUGCUCCUUGUCAUGAUGAUAACAGACUGAACCUCUGAACUGUAAACAAGCCACCCCAAUUAAAUAUUUAUAAGAGUU